AUGUCGUCCACUCGUAAGCGCACGAUCUUCGUUCUCGAGGACACAGUGGGGGACCAGGUACUGGAUCGUCAUUUAAGUGACUUGGGCACGUCCACUACCUCUGGUCUCUUUACCAAGAGCCUGGAAGAAGCAUUGCUGGCCAAAACUGCCAGCUUUGCUGUACAUUCACUCAAGGACAUGCCUACGACGCUACCGGAUGGUCUUGUAUUGGCUGCCAUUACAAAGCGAGAGAGUCCAGAGGACGCAGCAAUCAUCCAUCCCAAGCACAAAGCCAAGGGUCUCAAGACACUUAAAGAGCUGCCCAAAGGAAGCGUCAUUGGCACGAGUUCAUUGAGACGUGAAGCUCUGGUGAGGAGCCAAUUUCCAAGCUUCAAGAUCAAGACACUGAGAGGGAAUAUCCAGACGAAAUUAGCGAAAUUGGACAAGGCCGAUGACUAUGACGCAAUCAUUGUUGCGGCUUGUGGUUUCCGACGUGGAGAUUUAGGUGAACGGAUUGAUGAGAUUCUUCCAAUGGACACGUUUGGAUACGGUGUUGGACAAGGAAGUAUUGGUGUUGAAUGUCGCGCAGACGAUGAAGAGACGAUCAAGAUGCUCAAGACUAUUACGGAUGAAACAUCGGCACAGCUGUGUAUGGCUGAGCGUAAUCCAAAUCACAUCCGGCUGCAUGACCAAGUCAUUAAAUUCCUUUUCUGUAAAGAACUUGAUAUACUUUGA